AUGCCUACAGAAUCAACAUACCCACAAAUAGAAAUCCCACAGGUGGAUAUUUGGGAGUUUCUUUUCGAACGGAAAGAUAGAGAAUUUCCAGAUGAUAAAGCAAUUUACACGGAUGCUGAGACUUCACGGUCAUAUACCUACAAGCAAGUGCGAGAUACUGCGAUCACAUUUGGAACGGGAUUGAAAGCUGUCUGGGAAUGGAAGAAAGGCGAUGUUCUUGCCCUUUACACACCCAAUUCUAUCGACACUCCCGCUGUUAUUUGGGGAACGCAUUGGGCCGGUGGAAUAGUCUCUCCUGCGAAUCCUGGAUACACUGUUGAAGAAUUGACCUUUCAGUUGAAAGACUCCGGUGCCAAGGGAAUUGUUACUCAGAUACCUUUCAUAGAGGUGGCGCAAGCAGCGGCUAAAAAUGCUGGCAUACCUGAAUAUAGGAUAAUUUUGAUUGGCGAUGGAAGGGAUGAGACACACAAGUUCAAGCACUUUACUAAUGUGCGCAACUUGGCGGGUACGUCGAGAUACAGGAGGACGAAGAAUAAGCCAGAAGAUUUAGCAUUUUUGGUUUAUAGCAGUGGAACUACUGGACACCCUAAAGGAGUCAUGCUUUCGCAUAAGAACAUCGUUGCGAAUACUGAAAUGGCGAAUUCAACUGAGGGGCACAACUUGCAUUGGACCGGCGGUAAGGAUGGCAAAGGUGACAAGCUUAUGGCCGUUCUUCCCUUUUAUCACAUCUAUGGCUUGACAUGCAUUAUUCAUUUCUCCUUCCACGGAGGUCUCGAGUGCCUCGUAAUGGAGAAAUUUGAUUUGGAAAAGUUUUGUCAAACAAUACAGAAAUAUGGGGCGACAUUUGCUUAUGUGGUCCCUCCUAUUGUCCUCAUGCUUGGAAAGAGUCCCAUAGUUUCGAAGUACGAUCUAUCGACUGUUAGGAUGAUGAACUCAGGCGCGGCGCCAUUGACACGUGAACUUGUCAAUGCUGUAUAUGCCCGUCUCAAGAUACCUGUCAAGCAAGGUUAUGGCCUUAGCGAAACAAGUCCUACCACCCACAGUCAACCCUGGGAGGAUUGGAAUAAAUAUCCAGGUUCCGUCGGACGCUUGCUACCAAAUCUGGUCGCGAAAUAUAUGAACGCCGAAGAGAAGGAAGUCCCGGCAGGGGAGACUGGUGAACUUUGGGUCAAGGGGCCCAAUGUUUUCCAGGGUUAUCUCAAUAAUCCUGAAGGCACCAAAAACGCUUUGACAGAUGAUGGAUAUUUCAAAACUGGUGAUGUCGGACAUCAGGAUAAAGAAGGCAAUUUUUACAUCACUGAUCGAAUCAAGGAAUUGAUUAAAUACAAGGGCUUCCAAGUACCACCAGCAGAGCUAGAAGGUCUUCUAGUUUCUCAUGAAGAUAUUGACGAUGUUGCAGUAAUUGGCAUUUACAAUGAAGAGCAAGCAACUGAAGUCCCACGAGCUUAUGUGGUUCCGAAGAAAGGAGUUGUAGGAGAUAAAGAAGAGGAAAAGAAGAUCAUGGCAUGGUUGCAAGCGAAAGUUGCCAGUCAUAAGAGGUUGAGGGGAGGAGUUAAGUUUGUAGAUGUUAUUCCGAAGAGUGCAAGUGGAAAGAUCUUGAGGAGGGUUUUGAAAGAUCAGGCGAAGAAGGAUGAUGAGAAAGCGAAGUUGUAG